CUUUCGUCUCACCUCAUUCGUCUCUAACCUUCUUACUCUGUCAGGCACGGUAUCUCUUUCUUUUUCUCUGGCUGCUUCCUCCAAGAGCCGCAGCGAGAGAAAAAUGGCUUUAGUAAAUGUGAUUUCUGUGGUUUCUCUUCUCUGGUUGUGGACGAUUGUUGAAGCUCGCAUCCCUGGCUUUUACUCCGGCGGGGCAUGGCAGAAUGCCCAUGCUACUUUCUACGGCGGCAGCGACGCCUCUGGAACUAUGGGAGGAGCGUGUGGGUAUGGUAACCUCUACAGCCAAGGCUACGGUGUGAACACAGCGGCAUUGAGCACAGCCCUCUUCAACAAUGGACUUAGCUGCGGCGCGUGCUUCGAGCUCAAGUGCGCCGACGACCCCAAGUGGUGCCACUCUGGAAGUCCCUCCAUCUUAAUUACUGCAACCAACUUCUGCCCACCUAACUUUGCCCAACCAAGCGACAAUGGUGGAUGGUGCAACCCUCCUCGCCCACACUUCGACCUCGCCAUGCCAAUGUUUCUCAAGAUCGCCGAGUACCGUGCCGGAAUUGUCCCGGUCGCUUUCCGCCGGGUGCCAUGCAGGAAGAGAGGAGGGAUAAGAUUCACGAUCAAUGGGUUCAGAUACUUCAAUUUGGUAUUGGUAACUAACGUGGCAGGAGCUGGGGACAUAGUGAAGGUGAGCGUGAAAGGGUCGAGGACAGGUUGGAUGACAAUGAGCAGAAACUGGGGCCAGAACUGGCAAUCCAACGCCGUCCUUGUGGGUCAGUCUCUCUCCUUCAGGGUGGUAGGAAGCGAUCGCCGGAGCUCCACCUCCUGGAACAUCGUCCCUGCCAAUUGGCAGUUUGGUCAAACCUUCAUGGGCAAGAAUUUCAGAGUCUGAUCUUCAUCUCAUCUCAUGUUUCCAAUCCCAUUCAAGCCCUUCUACUUAUGGGGUUUCUUUUUCUUCCUCUAUUGGGAUUUUUGAUAGGAAAGUGGAAAACAAGAGAGAGAGAGAGAGAGAAAAGCGGGGUUGGGAAUUAAUGUUUUGUGUGUGUUAUGUGUGUCUUUAUUUAUAGUAGUUUUGGAUGGGAAAUGUUGUUUUGUUAAAUGGUGAGGUUAGAAUGGGGAAAAGAUUUGUGUAACGAAAUUGUAGCACAGCUGAAGUGGUUGCAAGGAAAGAUGUGUAACCCGCAGCUUAUAUCAUAUAUGUAUUAAUCUUCUUUUAUAAACAAGUAUAAUAUAUUAAUGGGUAUAUAAUUUUUAAUUUA